AUGGGCAAAACGGCGUACACCAUAAACGGUACGGGAAAUGGAACGAACGAAGCGGAGAGUAAGCCAUCUCGCGCGGCAACGGAAGCCCCCAAAGCCAGCACGUUCCGUCGGAUCCUACCCCAAAUAUUGGCCAGUACGGCGAAAAACUUUCUUCUCCUCGAUCUGGGCAUGGCGGUGGCGUUUCCAACCAUCGUCAUUCCGGCGCUGCGGGGCAUCAAAAACCGAGCCCCGGACGAGUUCCUGCACUUUUCUCCCCAGCAAGCGUCGUGGUUUGGAAGUAUUGCCUACAUAUGCCAACCCGUCGGAAGCGUGCUGUCCGGGAUCAUCCUUGAGCCGCUCGGACGAAAGCGGUCCAUGAUUCUCGUCAACAUCCCGCACAUUGUCGGCUGGUUUAUGCUGCACUAUGCCGGUUCGCUGGAAGAGAUGUACACCGCGGCCAUUCUGCUCGGCCUGGGCGUUGGCUUUAUGGAAGCUCCGAUCGUGACGUACGUGGGAGAAAUUUGUCAGCCAUCGAUACGUGGCAUUCUAACAUCGUGUGCCGGUGUGGCGGUGAUGCUGGGAUUUUUCACCGUGUACCUGCUGGGAACGGUGACCACGUGGCGCACGACGGCAGCUAUCUGUGCUUCGAUUCCGAUCGCAACGAUGGUAGCGAUCUGUUUCGUCCCGGAGACCCCGAUGUGGCUACUCUCAAAAGAUCGCGCGGAUGAUGCGCAGAAAUCGCUCCAAUGGCUUCGCGGUUGGGUCUCACCGAAAGCGGUCGAACAAGAGUUCCAGGAGAUGAAGCGAUACAGUUUGAACGCCGCCAAAUGUGCCGCUUGCCAGAAGGCUGAUGCGGCCACCACUUGCCAACAUCCGCCCCUGACCGAGUGGAUGAAACUAAAGGAGCUGAUGCGCAAGCGCAAUCUGCGACCGUUCGUGCUCGUGAUGCUGUUCUUCGUGUUUGGCCAACUGAGCGGGUUGACCGGUAUGCGACCGUAUUUGGUACAGAUUUUCCAAGCUUACGGUGUACCGCUGGAUGCGAACUGGGCCACCGUUUCGACGGGGCUGCUGGGACUGAUGGCCAAUAUCGUGUGCAUGGUGAGCAUCAAGUUCGUAGGCAAACGGAGACUUGCCAUUACUUCGAUGUCCGUGACGGCGUUGUCGUGCCUAUGCCUAGCAGUUUAUGCAUUCAACGCACUUCCGGCCGGAUGGACAUCGUUCGACGUGCACACCGACAUGAGCCACGUGUCCAGUAAGGGCUACAUUCCAAUGGUUUUGUUCUUCAUGCUGGCGUUCUUUACGAGCGUCGGUGUCCUGCCCGUUCCCUGGAUUCUACUCAGCGAGGUGUUCCCGUUCAGGAAUCGAAGCCUUGCCUGCGGGAUCACCGCGGCCCUCCAUUACGUGAUGUCGUUCGUGACGACCAAGACAUACUUCAAUCUGGAGAGUGCCCUAUCGCUUCCGGGAGUGAUACUGUUCUACGGAGUGAUGGGACUGAUCGGUCUUUGCUUUGUGUACUUUUUCCUGCCGGAGACGGAGAAACGCACCCUGGAAGAUAUCGAGCUUUACUUCUCCGACAACAAGCGCAAGCUGACGGACAUCUACAUUCCCCGGCGGCAGAAGGUGGACGCGGAAACGGUGGCGGUUGUGUCGACCAUGGCGGCGAAAGAAAAGGAGAAGCAAGGCAUCGACAAUACCGCCUUCACCGAGAGCGAUAAGUAAUCGCAGUUGAUGGUACUCACUAUACUCGUGAUUGUUGGGAAUCGUCUUCGACAAAAGAAGGAUUUCAAUCUCAAUGUUUAUAUUUACGCAUACACGCCAUACACAGGAAUAAAAGAGAACAAAUACAGACAAUUGUUUAUCAGUCGCUCGGAGAGAUAUUCUGGGCGGCAC